ACAUUUCAUUUUAUUCUCACUCUCAUUAUCACCUCACAAAAGUCUAUGAGUGGUUUGAUUUUUUACAGUCUUGUUCAGCAAAAUAUACCUAGUUACCUACCUACUAUAAUAAUGAAUUUUAAAAGUUUUCAAAUUUGUUUCGCAGUUUUGAUUGCUACGAUGGAAAUGCUGAUAUCAUUACCACAAAAUGAGAUACUGACAUCACUUCUUGAUAAGAAAAAUAAGGAAAAGGAGGCUUUAGGGAAACUAAACGAAGAAGAAAAAAUUGAGAGUAUCCUUGCCUUACAAUCCGAAUGGAAAAUCAUGGAAGAAAGAUUGAAACGUCUCGAAGAAACAAAGAAACAACUCAACGAAACACUGAUAGCAGAGACGAAUUUAAGACUAAAGUUGCAGGCUAUAGUCGAUUUCAAUCAACUCGUAAAAGGUCUUUUCGAAGAAUGCUACCCCGAAUGGGGUGAACACAGAAACGACGAAUACACCGAUCAAGCCUGGCACACCAUGUUUCUAAACAUUGAAAAUGAAAGAAUCAUCGCCAUCAAAUUGGAAAUGAUCAAGAGCGGCAUUUCAGAGGACCGAUUCAUCAAGGAAGUUGAUAAUUUUUUAAUAUUGCGGAAUCAAAAUGCCCAUCAAGCUCUCACCAACGAAGAACGAGAAAAAGCGUACCCGAAGCUGUUGGCAGUGAGCAAUGAAGGACAAAAGGUUGUUUUAGCUUCUCUGCUCAAGUUUUCCUAUCUCGUGAAAAGCGACAAUACCGUGAUCACAAAGGAGGGAACAAUCCCCCGCGCAAAUGCGCAAUAUACCAACAUUCUUCAAAAUCUACCUGAUUCCGCAUCCAAUGCUGAACAUGAUGAUCAUGAGCUGCUUGAAAAAAUAACUCGUGAUACUAAAAUGGCAAGAAAAGAGCUGAACCUACUGAUAAUUUCGAAUUUCAAAGGCGACACACCCAGCGAAGAAUCACUUGAAAUGGAACUUGACAAAAACGAAGAAACUAAAACACAAGCGUGUUUGGUCCAUGAAAAUAAAGUAUUCUUUUUAUUCGAAGAUUUCGAUAAAGCCUAUGCUGCUUUCAAACAUUUUAAUGAAGAAAAACAUAGAUUCACAGAAGAGAAAAACGCAGUCAUCAAGAAUUCGAAAGAUUUUACAAUACACAAGAGUCAAUACUCCAUAUUAAAAAUAGCGAUAUCAGAAUCAGAAUUCAACAUAAAUACGACCAAUGGCAUAAAAGAAUACGUAAGUAGGCUACAUUUUUUUUAG